GAUACAUUUUUUUUUUUAUUAACAAAAGCAUAUAAAAACAUUAAAUGCUCCUAAGCCAAAAGCAGCGCGAUCACCUGUCGCUGCUUCAGCGACCGGCAAACGAAGUAGUGGAGCUAUGUAAGGCGGCCUUUGAAUUUCUCCUGACGGGACCAAACCCCGAACGCUUUCAGUUGAUUGCCAACAACUAUACCUCUGCAUCCACUUCCUCUGCUGCCAGUCCCAGCGUAGAGCCAGCUGCAGUGCAGCAUGCAGUAGAGGCCCUAAUCUCCCUGCUCAUCCAUAUGACAACACGAGCCAGUAGCAGUGGCCUGGAGCUGCAAGAUUUAUUACGUCAAACAUUCCCCGAACUCGGUGCGGAGGUCCUCGAUGUCCUGGAACAGUUUGUCACCAGCAAACGCAGCUUUAUUGAGGGCUCCAUUAAAUCGGCCAAUAUACGUUCCUAUCGGCUAGUCAAUCUGGAUUGGCGAUUGGAAGUGCGCAUAGCAUCGAGAAGUUUGUUAGAGCAAUGCCAAAUAUUUGUCACUAUGAAAUUAUAUUUACACACCGAGCCCAAGAACGAAAAUCGGGAACUCUUGGAAUUCGAUCUCAUGGAAAGAAGCGAAGAAGAAGUCAAGGCAAUGAAAGAAGACGAGCGUCAACAUCGAAAGGAUUUGCUGGUACAAACCGAUGUGGGUAGUUUGGUUCAUAUGAUAAAAACCCUGGAGGAUGCCCUCAAUGAAUCGAAAACACGACGUAUACGCAAUAUUGUAGAUGCUUUACAUUGAAUUAGCUAUAAUAAUUAUUCUCCAUUUGUUUUUAAUAUUUACUCUGAGCUGGACCAAUUAAAUAUAAAAUAAUAAUAAAAUCUGUAUUAAGUCUACCGUCCUAAGGUAAUAGGAAUUUCCAAA